AUGGAGGCUGCUACGCCGCCACCCCGCUCCACCAGCCAGACCACACUCGCUGCACCGCAGAAGAUGCACCAGCCUGCACCGCCGCCAAAGCUCCACCAGCCCGCAUCGCCGUCCUCGCCCACCGUGGCCAAUGAGACCGCCUACCAGCAAGAACCACCGCCGCCCUCCAUCGCCACCGCCAGCCAACCAGAUGACGGCCUCCAACCCGCGGCGUCGCAGCCCGCAUGGCCCGGCGGCCAGAUUUGGUCAUCGCUGCCAAGGCAAGCCUCGCCACCGUUAAUGUCUGCCACGCAGUUCGAGCCAGCGCAGCGUUGCCGCGAAUGCACGCUGGCAGCACGCCCGCCCACCGUCGCGCCAACCGCCACGCCACGCUCUGGCUAG